AUGUUUUACAAAACUUCCGUUAAUAAAGGGUUAAAACGUGUAUUAGGUUUAUUAUUUAUUGGAUUUUGUUUUUGGUAUCAUUUCUUGAAACAAACACAAGAAGUUGAAGAAUUCAGUGAGCUUGGAUAUCCAGUGCUACUGCCAAAAACAAAUUUUAAACUUCGACACUUCAGGACACAAAAGAAUGAAAGUGAAGAGAUUAUGUUUAAUCAACAAUUUCCUCGAAAUCAAAUUCAUGUUGUGUAUCAGUUUUAUAUUGAUGAUGACAAAAGAAGACAAAUUGAACUUGAUUUAGCUUUAGAAAAGAAUAUAUUAAACAACGAAAUCGAUUGCAUCCACCUUUUAUUGGAGAAAAAAGGACACAUUCCAUGUUAUUUAUUAAGCAAAUAUGAUAAAUGUAUAUACGUAUGGUUGUUAGGAAAGCGUCUCACAUUUAACAAUGCUAUUGAAUUUUCUCAAAAUCGUCUUCGAGGUCUUUUCGUUGCUGUCAUCAAUUCCGAUGUUUAUUUUGAUAAAACAAUUCGAUUAUUGAAACAAAUAGCUGAAAUGAAAAAUAAACUGAUUGCAUUGAGUGUUAUAGAAGCAGAUAAUAAUGGUAGAACACGAGAUUUAAGAUGUAGUAAACAGUAUAUAGGGAGUCAUGAUACAUAUAUUUUCAAACCGCCAGUAAACAACUUUCAAGAAGUGUACGAUGCAACAGAUGUUUAUGUUGGUGGAAUAACGGGGUGGGUAGAUGAAAAAACUAAUACAUACUUAUAG